AUGGCGGAAAAAAGUGGAUCUUCUAAAAGAGCCUCGCAGCUAUCAAAACGAGGAGGCCCUCAACUCCCAAAGAGUGGCAGUGGCCCGCCUGGAACAAAGAGUAAGAUUCCUAAAACUCCUACUAAUCAUGCUGCAUCCAGUCCAGCGCUAGUCCACUGUGUCUGUUCUUCCACCGAAGACGUUGGACUCAUGGUCGAGUGCGAGUCCUGUUCAAAGUGGUCUCAUUCCAAGUGUGUCGGCAUAACACAGUCUACUGCUCCCUCCUUUCCUUUUGUCUGUCCCUUCUGUGUCAAGUUGCUCUUUUCCAGAUUAGCUGCUGCGGAACUGGAGAUAGAUGCUCUUCGUAAACAAAUUUCUACUCUCGAAUCUGCUGCUGAACAAUGCAUCCCUUAA